AUGGAGAUGAUAGAGAGUGUGGGCGAAGCGUUGGACAACCUUCGCAAUGAGAAGAACACAACAAGCAUACUGGUACCGAGACUAGCAGCAGCUGAGGGCAGUGUCCCCGAGAAGGAGAAGGCUCUGGAAAACAGGUCUCGCGAGCUCGAGAAGAGCUGUUAUAAUGCUGUACAAAGCUUCAUUGACGGACGAUUGCGCGAUGACAGAGCUAAGCUCGCUGAUCGGCUUAGUACAGCGGAAGCUAAAGCCUUGCAAUACGCGAAGAUUAUCAGAGAGAAGGAGGUAUUGAAAGCCAGGAUUUCUCAAGAAAAUAGAGAGAAAGCGCUACUUAAGCAAGCAAAGCUGGAGUUGGAGCAAAACAACGACAACCAAGUUCUCCGAACUGAGAAGGCGGUACUUCAGGCUGACUACGACGAGCUGAAGGAGCACAAGCGGCUAUUCAAGGAACAAGAGUCGAGCUCUGAGCUACGUCAUAUUGAUCAGCUUGUGGUUUCAAGUCCAUCCGUCUUGUCAACAAGGACACUCGAUCGACAAACCGCCGAGCUCCAACAUCUAGACGGCCUCGUGGCCACCUGGCAGGCCACCCUCGACCAUGCGACAGCGGAUAGGAAUGGCUCAAAGAGCAGCAACUGA